CAUCACUAAUCAAUUAAGUCAUCAAGUCAAGUGUAUUUGGCGGGAAAAUGGAGGAAGAGAGUAUGGAAACUUUAAUAGAGACUUCAGCAGAUACUUUGGGGGAAGAUGGAGGAGAAGAGAAAGAAAACGAGACUCUUAUGGAGAGUGAGUACCAGGACGCUACAGCUGCUACUGAUACUACUGCAAACCUUACUCUUGAAGAAUCGAUCACAAGCGAUACUCCAGUGAAGAGGAAAAGAGGACGUCCUCCUUUAUCAGCCAAUAAAGGCAACCCCACCCCUAAGAAAACCCGCCAAGUAUCAGUAUCAGCAGCAACAGAUGGAGAAUUAUACACUUCUAUCGUUGAAGGAAGGAGUGCCCUACAGACGGUUGUUAGUGAAUGGGUGGAGCGUUACCAAGGCGACCAGGAGGCAGGGCUAUUAGAAAUAAUACAGUUUUUUGUGAGAUGUUGCGGCUGUCAGGCCGAGAUAUCUCUCUCUAAUUUCCGCCAUCAAGAAGCUACUGACAUCAUUAGGACUAUCACUGAGAAUUUUGACGAGGAUGGGUUUGAUUAUCCUCUGAUACUUUCCGGACCUCUGUACAAAAAGUUUAAAUCUAAUUAUUGUGAAUUUGUUGAGAGGUUAGUGAUAGAAACUGGUGACAUCAUUUAUGACGAGUACAUGCUUGACACUCUCGUCAAAUGGCUGAUCGGACUGAGUGAUUCUGAAGUUAGAGCAUUUAGACACACGAGCACUUUAGCAUGUUUGAAGCUAGUCACUGGGUUGGUUCAUUUAGUCGUAUCAUUAGCUUCUGAGAUUGACAAUACCCAGCGUCAGCUCGAAACUGAAAAGCGAAAGUCAGGUGGACGUCAGGCGAUCGGAAAACUUAAAAAACUCGAGGAAGCCCUAGCAUUAUCUCAGUCACAGCUGAGCGAGAUCCAUGAUAUAAUGAACAACCUGUUCACGUCUGUUUUUAUACGUCGAUAUCGUGAUACUCGACCCGAAGUUAGGGCAAUCUGUAUCGCUGAGAUUGGAGUCUGGAUGUUGAGGUGCAGCUCAAGAUUCUUAUCAGACAAUUAUCUCAAAUAUGUUGGAUGGACUCUCUCAGAUAAAUCGGGUGAAGUAAGGCUACAGGCUUUACAAGCAUUGCUUGCUUUAUAUUCUGUUCCUGAUCUUGUCCCUCAUUUAGAGCUCUUUACCACCAAAUUCAAAGACAGGAUUGUCUCCAUGAAGACAGAUAAGGAUGACACUAUUGCCAGCACUGCCAUAUCUCUAUGCACUCUUCUUUUCUCUCUUGACAUGUUGGAUGCCGAUGAUUGCGUUGAAUUGUGUCAGCUUGUCCAUUUGGAGAAUAGAGUACUAGGUAGAGCAGCAGGUAAAUUUGCUGUCCGAUAUAUAUUUUGCGAUGAAAUUGUCACCAAGACUCGUGGCCGACCCUCUAAGAAUCAAAAGAGACCAACUAAUGCUCAAAUCAAACUGAAGGAACUCGUUAAUUUCUACAUCGAAUCUGAUAUACACAAACACGCAGAAUACAUGGUGGACAGCGUAUGGGGACAUACUGACCUACUGAAGGAUUGGAAGAACAUGAUUGAAGUCCUCACCUCUUCAUCCUGUCCUAUUGAACUAUCCCAAAAAGAGGAAGUGGUUGCUAUAGAGUUGAUGGCCCGAGCAGCAGAGAGGGCCUGUGGGUCCUUCACUGUACUCAAAGGAGUUGGUAACAAGAUGCUCAAUGCUAAAGAGAAGAGAGCCAUGGAAACAGACAAGCACACAAUGGCUACAGCACUGAUCCCUGUCCUGCCACAAUUACUAGUUAAAUAUGGCACUAAUCCUGAGUGUGCCAUUAAUCUCUGCUGUAUUGUUAAGCAGUUUGACUUGGAAGUAUACGUUGAAAUAAGAGGACAAAAACUCCUGGAGGAUUUAUUGUCGGAACUAAAGUCGUUAGUAUUACAGCACACGUCUCAAGAGGUCCUUAACGAGAUAAGUACGUGCUAUUGUCACCUCUUGGAUCCUGACUUCACUUUACAUUCGGUGGUUGACCUUUCCUUUAACCAGCUCGUUGAUGAGCUUGUCUCUAUUUUUGACAGAUACAUGGAAAAUAUUGAUGACAUCCCACUGAAUGAUGAUGACAAUGAUGAUGUUUAUAACUUUGGUACUACUCUACAAAGACUUUUAGCUUUAUUCAAGCAGAUUGAUAUUACUAAGAAGUUGUCAUUCGAUAAGUUUCAUAAGUUGGUUGAGUUUGGGGUUGACGAAUCAGCAACUGACAUUCUGGUUAUUCCAUCCAUGAAUUGUGACAGUUUAUUUUUGCUGUGGUUUCUCAAAGAGGCCGAGUCUCACUCUCCUCCUGACAGAGACACCAUACGCUCCAUUCGUACUUCAAUGGAGAAAGUAAUCACGAUCUGUUCUGACCUCCUCAAGCUGGGAUCACCAGCAGUCCAGCAAGAGUCCUUUGUUAUUUUAUGCGACCUACUCAUGCUUUUUGCUAAACAGCUCGCCUGUAAAGAAGAGUUGAUUUCUUUGGUGUACGUGCCCAGCUCCUCCCUCCAGACUAGUCUUUGUGAUUACGUCACUGAGAGGGUUUUUAACGAAGGAGACCUUGAGGACGACCCCACAACUGACGAGGAAGCAUUUGCCCAGGCUGCUAGACUCAACGAGAGGAGACUGCUCCUGGCUGGUUACCUUAAGCUUGUAGUGUAUUCUGUUGUGGAGGCCAGGAGCUCUGUAGCUGUAUUAGGCCAAUACAUUAAGUUCUACUAUGAUUAUGGUGACUUGCUGCGUCAUGCUUUCACUAAACUGAGAGAAGCUGAUUCUAAAUCUACCGUUUGGUAUAAGACCGUCCUUCAAGUUCUGCAAGAGCAGUACACCUCAUUACAGCUUGAUAAUACAACCAAUGGCAUUGACUACUGCUCUACCGAAUGGGCUAAUCUAAAGGACCUAGCACACAGGAUAGCACUAACAACUGGGUUUGAUCUAGUCAAGAUACGUCACUCGAUAGUCCACAUUCAUUUUGAGGGAAUAAAGUUUGCACUUCAGACAAGAGAAGAGGAGGAAGAGAAAGAGGAUGAAGGCGUGUCAGUACCAGAGAACCUAAGCUUUCUUGAGGUCCUUGCUGGAUUCAGCUUCCGUCUUCUUGAUGCUGACAAACAAGGAACAAACGGAGUUCGUGGUUUUCUCGAGUCGCGGUUAGAAGAUAAUUAUUCGAUGGGUCUUCACGAGGUAGUGGGUUCGGCAAAAUGGGAAUCCUUAUCACAUUACGUGACGUCACUUAAACCAGGAGGGGAGGACGCCCAGGAACAAGCGGCGGGGGUUCCGAAGAAGAGAGGACGACCACCAAAAAGAAAAAUAUUAGAGGACGGUCCGACUGCAUUGAAAUCAUUAAAGCCAAACGAAGAAUAGAGAGAAAUCAUAAGAGAACCAAAACAUUAUAAAUGAUUAUGUAAUACGUGACAGUGAAAAACACACACAUACACAAGUCUUGUGCGACAAACUCAACUCCUUUAAUUACAUUCAUAAACCACUUGA